CACUACAUAACGAAUAAAUGUGCGUUGAUGUCAGCUGCGUAAAUUUUGCUUGAUCUGCUUUCACCCUCCUGCAAAAGACCCUGGAUCUAUGGAAAGCAGAGUUGCCAUUCCUCGUGUUUGUUUCUCUUAUUCGAAACCUACAAAAUCGGUUGCAUUGAAGUCACAACUAGUAUGGCACCUCCAACCUUCAUGGGCCUCAGCGGCCGGCCGCUGUCAUUAGCUGUAUCCACGGUUGCGACAACGGGUUUCGUGCUUUUUGGAUACGACCAAGGUGUCAUGAGUGGCAUCAUCGGAGCACCUGCGUUCAACAACCUUUUCGUGGCAACGAGAGAUAAUCCGAGUAUGCAAGGAUUCGUGACGGCCAUCUAUGAGAUUGGCUGUCUAGCAGGUGCCCUGACCAUCCUCAUCUUUGGCGACUUGAUCGGUCGAAGGCGGGCUAUGAUCGCGGGCGGCCUUACCAUGAUACUCGGUGUUUUGAUUCAAGUUACUGCGCAGCGCCAGGGAUCACCACUGGCCCAAUUUAUCGUGGGACGAGUGAUAAUGGGUGUUGGAAAUGGCUUCAACACGGCGACUAUACCCACUUACCAAGCCGAGUGUAGCAAAACGUCAAAUCGUGGCCUGCUUAUCUGUAUCGAGGGCGGCGUCAUCGCAUUCGGUACGGUUGUGGCCUAUUGGGUUGAUUAUGGCUGUUCGUUCGGAUCGGACGACCUUGUUUGGCGUUUCCCCAUUGCAUUUCAGAUCAUAUUCGCUCUGAUUGUAUCGAUCCCCAUGAUUUUCCUCCCCGAAUCUCCCCGCUGGCUUCUCACCCACGAGAGAUACGAGGAUGCUGAGCGAGUGAUUGCCGCCCUGCGUGGGUACGAAAGCAGUGGCCCGGAGACGGCUCUGGAGCGUGACAUCAUUGUCGACUCGAUUCGGGCAUCCGGCGGUAUUGGUCAGAAGAGCACCCCCUUCAAGUAUCUAUUUACCGGCGGCAAAACCCAGCACUUCCGUCGUAUGCUUCUCGGAGCAUCUUCCCAGCUGAUGCAGCAGGUCGGCGGCUGCAAUGCUGUUAUUUAUUAUUUUCCAAUUUUGUUCGAGAAGAGCAUCGGCCAGACCAAGCAGAUGUCGCUCCUCCUUGGUGGCAUUAACAUGAUUGUCUAUGCAAUUUUCGCUACGACGAGCUGGUUCAUUAUCGAGCGAGUUGGUCGGAGGAAACUAUUCCUCUGGGGUACCGUGGGGCAAGGGCUUUCCAUGGUGAUCACCUUCGCCUGCUUGAUUCCUGACGAUCCUAUGGCUGCCCGCGGAGCCGCCGUCGGCUUGUUUCUCUACAUUGCCUCAUUUGGAACGUCUUGGCUUCCUUUGCCAUGGCUAUACCCAGCCGAGAUCAACCCCAUCAAAACGCGCGCGAAGGCUAAUGGGUUUUCUACGGCAAAUAACUGGCUCUGGAACUUCUUGAUUGUAAUGGUAACACCAGUCAUGAUAGCCAAUAUUGGAUGGGGUACAUACGCAUUCUUUGCGGCAGUUAAUGCUUGCUUCUUGCCCGUCAUCUGGUUCUUCUAUCCUGAAACGGCACGACGAAGUUUAGAGGAGAUAGAUAUCAUUUUUGCCCAUGGUUUCAUCAACAAAAUCAGCUAUGUCAAAGCCGCUCGAGAGCUGCCCUUGUUGAGCCCCGAGCAAGUCGAGCAGUACGCGCUGAGGUACGGUCUAAUUGAUACCGCGGCCCACGCAGCUCAGACCACGAUUGCCGAUCGUCAUAUUGAUGGAAAGGAUGUUCUCGACGCUAGCGGCAGUGAGGAAAAGCGGAUUGAGUGAAGGUAUGUUUAGGAGCGUAAAGAGCAGUUGUGCUUCAUAUAACGACGAAGAAUCCAGGAAAUUUUGAAUAGGAUAAGGCAAAUAUGCUUAGUUUAUACGUCUUCUCUUAAACUUAUUAGUUUUUAUUAAAGUAUUUUCCCUU